CCCCGCCUACUCCUCCUCCAAGUAGCGAGGGGGUUCAAAGAUAGGUGCCAGGCGAACCGAUUCGCCAAGCACAGAGCGCCCUCCAAGUAAUAGGCGAGCCCGUUCAGCGGCAAAUGUUCGCCGACGAACUGCUACCCGAGCAAAGCACGCUGAUACCGAAAUGAUGGACAAUGGAACUUUCUUUAACCCAAUAAGGAACCUAAGCGGAACGCCAUUCAGGAACUACUCGCCAUGCCAAUCCGACCUCAGGCAUAGCUCGACACAAUCGCCGACUCUCUGGUCGCGCUGCCUGCUCGGCAGAAUCACUUAGUUCGGCCCUGCACGGGACGCAAAAAUCACCGAGAAUCUCUGGCUCGGUUCAAAUAUGAUGGCAGCAGAAAAAGACUGCGGGAGGAAGGAUCGGGUCAAAUAUGAUGAUCGGUAGUCGGCACUGGGUACCGAGCUGACUGUUUGCACAAUGCAAAAAAAACGUGAACCACAACGGCUGGCCCAACAAGAGACCAUAAUAAACUGGCGGUCAAAGAAACGUAGUCAAUGCGCUGCUGGCACUGCGACGCUUUGUGGCACGCAAAGACUGCCCCGCCAAGCGGAGUGUCGGGACUGCUGGCUGACGUCGCGUCACACAACCGAGACUGCCUCGAGCUGACUGUCGGCACUGCUGGCCGGAUCGAACUGGCAGCUGGUACUGCUGGCCGGAUCGAAGUGGCAGUCGGCACUGCACUGCUGGCACUGCAAGACUUUGUGGCGCACAGCGGUUGGCCCAAGCGGACCGUCGGCACUGCUGGCUGACGGCAAGUUGCACCACUGAGACUGCUCGGUCUGACUGUCGGCACUGCUGGCUGGAUCGAGCUGGCAGUCGGCACUGUGGCACUGCGACGGGAAUGGUUGCACGGCGGGAGGCGGGGCAUGAGGCGAGGAAGAUAGGGCUCCGCGGGAGCGCGGGUCUGCAGCCGACGCGGGCGCCGAUUACCCACCCACGGCCGCGCAUGGGCGCCGCUCACGGAGAGGCAGGAGCACGGGAGGGAGAGGACGAGGAGGAAAAGGAGGCGACCGCACGCCUGGCUGGAAUAGGCGGCUCGGGUGGAGGCACGGCGCCAGGCCGGGAAAACCUCCACGCGUCGGCAGCCUGCAAAAACCAGACAAUCAGAAAUGAAAGUGCGUGUGUCACUCAGCGUGCAAGAAUAAAAUGCCGCGGAAAUUGAUAGUGGUGAGCACAUCUCCGGUAAAAUGCAGUGCAAGAGUGAAACUUAUGAAUUUAUUGAGCUGGCACGUCAUGCCCCAUACCCUGCCAGCAGUACUACACGCAGGAAGAAGACGUAGACGAGCGGCGCCGACGUGGGCGAAGACAUCGACGGAAAAGAUUUCACGAGGUCGAGCGGCUCGCCAGGGCAAUGCCCGAAUUGAAGCCUGUCAAAUGCCGCGCAGCACCUCUCGCGGAUGGGGCCGGACGCGACCGCCAUGGACACUUUCGAAGAGCGGCUCAGCGGGCACGGCUGCGCCAUGAGGCAGCGCGACCACUGGCAGCCGCUGUCGAACCUGAUCAGGGCUGGGGCUCGUCUGUUACGGGUUUCGACGCCGAGCCUGGAGAAUCAGCCCCCGCCUGCGGGGACUCUGGAGCGCCUGGGCGCCGAGCGCCGAGGAAGCCCACAGCACGCAGCCUCGCAGGCCGCCCACUUCCGCACCACCAGCGGGAAGGCCACCUGGCGCGCAGGCAUCGCCAGAGAGCCCACGCGACCCCGCGGGCGCCAGACCACCAGCCCCGGGCGACGAGCCUGCCCGCCGCGCGCGGCAACCGGCCGCGGCGAAGGGGGGGCCCACCGCCUCCAGGCCGGCUCCCACGGCGACCUGCCCCCCCGCCGCGCUGGCCGCUGUCCCCUGGCCUCUGGGCGGCCUUCCGCAGCUGCCUGCGCCGCGUCGUGCGGCGCCCGCGUGCGGAGUCUGCGGCCUCGUGAGGCGCCUCGUCUGCGGCUUCGUCCAGGCUGCCGCUGCUGCUGCCGCGAUCGGUGGCGGGCCCGGCGCCUCGCGCGGAGCGCGGGGCUCCCGCCGCGGGCCGCCCGCGGCCUGCAUGCUGCCGCUGCUGCUGCUGCCGCUGCUGCUGCUGCUGCUGCCGCGGCUGCUGCCGCGCCUGCCGCGGCGGCAGCGGCUCGGAGCGAGAACGCCGACGCACACAGACGAUGGGCUCGAGAUGGGGACGGGGGCAUGUGCAAGAACGUGUUGCGGAUCGGAACCGAACGCCACUCGCUUGCCAUCGGGCCACGGACGCCCGCGAAAGCGCCAGACGGAAAACGGCGCGGGCUUGACUCCGAACCGCAUGAGCCAAAAUGGCUACGGAUGCUUCUCUCUCUCUCUUGAUAGCUUAG